CGACAAGCAAGACUCACUCGCGCAAUACAAGAGCUGUUUCUGGUCAUCAAUGGCUUCUUGCCACUUCCCAGAAAUAUACGCUUGGAUCCAUGGACUCCCUCCGCUGUCCGAGUGGAGGACGAGAUCGCUGUCCUUGUUCCUCUGCUCUUCAUCUUCCUCCAAAGCCCAGCCAUCCCUCGAGCUCUCCGCUUCCAGGAACCUCGACUCGCCCCCCGCCGUCUCCUUCUCCAUCUCUUUCGAGUUCGGUCUCCACUUAUCCCUGUGGACCUCGAGGCCGUACAGAAUCAUCAAACCGAGCUCUCGCAGGUUGCUCGACGAGGAGGCCAUGUUCGGUCUCCUCGUCAACUUCGUCGAAGACGUUCUCCAGUACGGCUCGUACGGGAACGGCUCUUCGACCUCCUCGUUCAAGAUCCCCAAGCCCUGGUCCUUUUCAAACUUCGGCGACAUCUUCGAUCUGGCCUUCGUGACUCUCGCGUUCUUGAUCUGCGUCUAUGAGGCGCCGGCCGAUCUCCGCUCCUGGUGUCUCCACGGUCUCAAGAGUCACUUGGUCAACUGCAUAUCGAAGGACGCGUCGAAACUGCUCAUGAAGAUGAUCGGAUCGAACCUGGAGGAGCAGUGGAUGCGGUCCGUCAACCUAGCGAUCACGAACUGGAUUCUGGAGCAACAAUCUGGCCACCACACGAUCAAAACACCGUCCCCGCUUUUCUCCUAUGCGCUUUCGGCCUUCGGGAUAUGGAAAGUCCAUCUCUAUUGUCCGGUCAUCGCGACGGACGUGGUCAGUACGAGCAAUCCCUUGACCGACGAACGCCUCGCUUUCUCCCUCAACUAUAACCAACUCGAAGGAGUGAUCCAGUUCAAUUACAAGCUGAUGAUUCAAGAGAAUUGGGUCGAUGUGUUCGUGGACACGGAUAACAUAAGGUUCGACAUUGUUCGACUCGUGUCCGAAACUCUCAUGAAUGAACAAGGUGAAGGAGCCUCCGAAAAGCACUUCCCUUCAAGAAUCUCGCUGCGGCUAACACCAGCUCUUCAGAACAACAUCCUGAGCGUUUCAGUGGGCAAAUCUUCGGAAAACGCGACGAGAGAGAUCGCCACGGAGAAAGCCAUAGAAGCGGGAUUCGAGCCUCCGAACUCUUACUUGGGUCUCAAGAUCUCGGCCGGGGAGACCGUGACCACGAGCAUGAAGCCAUGGAAGUUCGAGGAAUCUGUCCUGGGCUACAGUGCAGACAUGCAUUGGUUUCUCCACGACCCGACCGAUGGACGAGAGGUCUCCUCUUCCAAGCCCUCGAGGCUCUCCUUGCUCAAUCCGAAGGCGUGGUUCAAGGACCGCUACUCGAGCGCGUACCGGCCGUUCACUCGGCAGGGAGGAGUCGUCUUUGCCGGCGACGAGUACGGGGAAGGCGUGAGGUGGAGGCUAUGCAAAAGCGCCAGGGGAAAGACGAUGGAGUGGGAAUUAAGAGGGUGGAUUUGGCUAAGUUAUUGGCCAAAUAAGCAUAGGACAUCCCAUUCCGAGACUAGGAGGUUGGAAUUUAGGGAGACCCUUUACCUUACGAUUGCUUAGACAAUUUGUAACAGCCCCAGAAAAUAACACAGGAUAGACAUUUUUCAGCUUUUUGCGAUGUAUAAAAAAAAAAUGCGCUCACAAUGUGCCUUUUUUCUUUUCGGUUGAAACUGUAGUAAAGAUAAAUUUAUAUCAAGUGGUAUUUUUUACUAUU